UUUCAACAAAGAUGGGCGUUCAGAAAUUUUCGUUGCAUAUGAUGACAACGAUUAUGUAGAUGUGCUGGUUACAUACGACAUCGGAUCUUUCAGUCAUGACAUUAAAUAUUCAACUGGCAAUUGGCCUCAAUCUGUAGCUCUUGGCGAUUUUAAUAACGACAUCCAACUGGAUAUCGUCAUCGCUAAUAAGUACGACAACACUGUAAGUAUCCUUCUCGGAUAUGGAAAUGGUUGUUUCACUAAUCAAACGACAUACUCAACUGGCUCUCAGCCAUGGUCUGUAGCUGUUGGCGAUUUUAAUAACGACACCAAUCUGGAUAUCGUCGUCGCUAAUCUUCAUGGCAACACUGUAAGUGUACUUAUCGGAUAUGGCAAUGGCUCUUUUGCAAAUCAAACAAAAUAUUCAACUGGCUCUGACCCAAUUUCUGUAGCUGUUGGUGAUUUUAACAACGACACCAAUCUGGAUAUCGUCGUCGCUAGUUGGGGUGACAACACUGUAAGCAUCCUUCUUGGAUAUGCCGAUGGCUCGUUUGCAAAUCAGACGACAUAUUCAACUGGUUCUAAACCAUACUCUGUGGCUGUUGGUGAUUUUAACAACGACACCAAUCUGGAUAUCGUUGUCGCUAAUUUUGGUGGCAACACUGUAAGUAUCCUUCUCGGAUAUGGUGAUGGCUCUUUUGCGAAUCAAACGACAUAUUCAACUGGUGCUGCGCCAAAGUUUGUAGCUGUUGGUGAUUUUAACAACGACACUCUAUUGGAUAUUGCCGUUGCUAAUAAUGGUAACAACACUAUAAGUGUACUUCUCGGAUAUGGAAAUGGCUCUUUUGCAAAUCAAACGACAUAUUCAACUGGCUCUGGUCCGCAAGCUUUAGCUGUUGGUGAUUUUAACAGCGACAACCGACUGGAUGUCGUUGUCACUAAUUGGAAUAACAACACUAUGAGUGUCCUUCUUGGAUAUGGUAAUGGUGUUUUUGCAAAUCAAAUGACCUAUUCAACGGGCACUAGUCCUUCAUCUGUAGCUGUUGACGAUUUUAAUAAUGACACCCGAGUAGAUAUCGUCGUCACUAAUACUAAUGGGCAAAGUGUCGGUAUAUAUUUGGGAUAUCCUAAUGAAGGGUUUUUUAAGCAAAUGAGACUCAUAACUGGCAAUGGAUCUAGCCCUAAGUCCUUCGCCAUUGGAGAUUUUAACAAUGACAAUGAAAUGGAUAUAGCAGUGGCGAAUUCAGGCAAUAACAAUAUUGGUGUUUUUCUGAGACACGACAAUGGUUCUUUCAGAAAUCAAAUGGCAUAUGCAACUGAUUCCUCUCCGUGGUCGGUAGCUGUUGGUGAUUUCAACAACGAUACCCUACUUGAUAUUGUCGUCGCAAAUCUAGGCAGUGACAAUGUUGGUGUAUUUCUUGGACGGGGCAAUGAAGAUGGUGCCGGUUCACAUGUUCAAUGGUCAAAUAUCUGA